AUGGGUCUUUCUUUUUCUUCUCUUUUCACCUCUCUCUCGUCGCUGGUGCGCUGGAGCAAGGACCAGGAUGUCCGGAUAUUGAUGCUCGGUUUGGACGCGGCCGGCAAGACCACGAUUCUGUAUCGUCUGCAGAUUGGUGAAGUCGUACCAACUAUCCCCACAAUCGGCUUCAACGUGGAGACCGUCCAGUACAAGAACAUCAAAUUCCAAGUGUGGGAUCUUGGUGGACAGUCGAGCAUUCGGCCGUAUUGGCGCUGUUACUUCCCCAACACGUCCGCCAUCAUCUACGUCAUUGACUCUUCUGACGUCGACCGCUUGGAUACGUCGCGCUCCGAGCUCCUCACCAUGCUCUCGGAGGAGGAGCUCGCGGGUGUUCCCCUCCUCGUCUUCUGCAACAAGCAAGACGUACAGGGGGCGCUCGCGCCUGAGGCCGUUAGCGAAAAGCUUGGCCUUGCGGGUGGAGAGAAGGAGCGGCAGUGGAGCGUCCGCGGAAGCUGCGCGACGAAGGGCGAUGGUCUGGAGGAAGGGCUCGACUGGCUGGUGAAUGCAAUACAGAAGAAGUAG